UUUCCCUGUUAUAAAUCUCUUGUAUGAUUGUCAUUUUGAUGAUCUAGUAUAAUUACAAUCUGUUUGGAUCAGGAAUAUCCUAAAGCAGUGCAGGUUCAGUUGCAGAUUAGCUUAUUUAAUAUACUCCUAAUUUCUUACUAACCUGCUCAGUGUGGAGAGAGGCUGAUCAAUUUAAACACAUUUAUUUAGUCCAUUACUACAAACUGUGGAAAGGUUCGAGGGGUGUGAAUACUUAUGUAAGACAAUGAAAUUAGAAAGUAGGUUAAAGAAGUGAAAUUUAAACAUUUUCAUAAAAUCUGAAGAAAACAUUAAUGCAGCCUAAACAUGAAGAUGCAGUUAGUCAUUUAUUUUGGCUCUGCCACAGUGUAGAACUUAAUUCUCAUCAUCAUCAUCAUCAUCAUCAUCAUCUCACACUUCAAGGAAAUAUUUCCUGGCUUAGAUUUAUAUAUUUUAUUGUCUUUAAGUCAAACGUGUGCACAAAAGUGCACCAUUAGACUUAGACACGUGGACUGUAAUAUUUAUUUUGCUCUCCUAGCUCUGUACUUCCCAAAACAUGGCGUCCAAUCAUUGUACUUGCCAAUAAACUACAUUACCCAGUAAUCUAAGCGACGUCGCCGUAGCAACGUUGCCUAGCAACCACUACUAACUCCAAACCCUCGGUGAAUACGAUACAUCCAGAAAUGUAUAAAAUUUUCUUUUCUAAUUAAGCUAGAAAUGGGAAAAGACUAUUACACGACGUUGGAAAUUAACCGAAAUGCAACUGACGCGGACAUUAAACAGUCGUAUCGUCGGCUAGCACUGAAGUUUCAUCCUCAAAACAACAGCCAUCCAGGAGCUUAUGAGAAAUUCAACCAGAUUGCUGAAGCUUACGAUGUUCUGAGUGACCCUCGGAAAAAGGCCACGUAUGAUAAGUUUGGAGAAGAAGGCCUGAGAGGGGGAAUUCCUCCAGAGUCAGCGGCGAGCGGCGCCUGGUCAUCGGGAUACACCUACCACGCAAAUCCCGAGAAAACAUUCCGACAGUUCUUCGGCGGAGAUAAUCCUUUCGCUGAUUUUCACACCACAGAAGUGGACCUCAGUUUUGGAGGCCUCCGUGGACGAGAGGUGAAAAAGCAGGAUCCACCUAUUGAGCGUGACCUGCAUUUAGCCUUAGAGGAUCUUUUCCACGGAUGCACCAAAAAGAUAAAGAUAUCUCGACGUGUGAUGAAUGAUGAUGGUCAGACGUCCAGCAUCAAAGACAAGAUUUUAACCAUCACGGUGAAACCAGGCUGGAAGGAAGGGACACGGAUUACAUUCCCUAAAGAGGGUGAUCAGGGGCCAAACAACAUCCCAGCAGACAUCAUAUUCAUCGUUCGUCAAAAGCCCCAUCCCCUGUUUGCCCGUCAAAAUGACGACUUGGUUUACACAGAAAGCAUAUCACUCGAGAAGGCAUUGACUGGGUUUUCAGUGGAGGUGGAGACACUAGAUGGCAGACUUGUCAACAUUCCUGUCAAUGAGAUUGUAUGUCCACAGUACAGCAAGCUGGUGACAGGAGAGGGAAUGCCUUUACCCGGCAACCCAGCUGCACGUGGAGAUCUGAUCAUCCAGUUUAAUACACACUUCCCACAGAAGCUCUCUGCUGAGAAGAAACUGCUCAUUAAGCAAGCCCUCUCCAUGUGAUUCACGUUCAUGAAACCAAAAGUUUAACCAUCUACUUCUCCAAUGUCAUGCCUUAUAUUGCAGAUGUGUGCACAUGAAAUUACAGUCAUCAGUUCUGCUUUUGAGAAAUAAAACACUGCUAUCUUUUAGAAACUUUAUUAGCAUGGUUUAAAAGAUCUAAAAACAGAUACAAGGGAAAGAAUCAAGACCAGCUUUCUAGUCCCGGGAUACACUUGAAUGAACGUGACUAAGAAAUGAAUGUUUUUUUUUUUUUUUAGGGGGUAGUAGCGAAAAGGCCAAAAG